AUGAAGUUCGCCCCCGUUGCCGUUUUGUUCGCCGCUGCUGCCCUCGCCGCCGACUCGUCGGACGCUCAAGACUCGAAGGCGGCGCUGGCUCUGGGCUCUGGCUCCGAAGCCGCUAAGCCGCUGGGCUCUGGCUCCGAAGCCGCUAAGCCGCUGGGCUCGGAAGCGAAGGACUCGCAAUCGGCCAAGGAAACCGGGUCGGCCAAGGAACUGGGUUCGGACGCUAAGGGCUCCGGGUCCGGUUCGGGCUCCGCCGCCGCCGACAAGACGUCGGAAGUCGUCACCGUCGAAGGCACCACCGUCACCGUCGACCCCGAAGCCACCGUGUCGCGUGAUGUCAUCAACCAGUUCUCCGACCUCUACGCCGGUCCCUACUCGUCGGACAUCCAGCUGUACGCCCUGGCCCUCGCCGUCAUCGGCUACCCCGCCACCAAGAUCUCGUCGAUGUUGUCGGUGUACCGUUACGGCAAGUCGCAAAUGCAAGAUCAAACCUCGUACGACACUUACUUGUCGCAAUGGGUGGUGGUGCAAAAGUCCGACGUCUCGGUGAGAGGCACCAAGCUGUACUCGUUCUCCCCCGAGACCACCGAGGUGCUCGAAUUCGACAACGAAUCCGAAGCCUCGGAAUACUUGAGAACCCACACCGAAGGCGGCGACGACAACUCGAAGCUGGACGACUCCAAGCUGGGCGACAAGAAGCUGGACUCGAAGUCUGACGACAAGAAGUCUGACGACAAGAAGCUGGACUCGAAGUCGAACACCAAGGACGACUCGAAGUCGGCCUCUGACGACAAGCUGUCGUCGCAAGGCGGCUCCGCCGAUGCCAAGUCGGAAUCGGGCAAGAACGACGGUGUGUCGUUCGUCGCCCCCGUCGGUGCUAUGUUGGGUGCUCUCGCCGUUGCGUUGAUGUGA